AGCACACAGCUCUAACCGCACGUAAGCACUGCUGACUUCUCGCUGCGACCUCCUGCUCUCCGGCUGGACUGUUGGACUCGGCCCACGCAGCCGUUGCCGCUACAACAGUAAAGUACGUCGUUCUCUUCACGUUGGCUGAACUCCUUGUUUUUGUCGAGCAGCGGUCACUUGGCGGAUUGCCCUCCGCAGUCAUCUCCCCUCUUGCUUGUUCUCUUUAGCUUUUCUUAGUUUUCCAGUUUCCCCUCUUGGAUUAUUUCUUUUGUUUUCUUGUUUCUGUGUACGUUUGUUACGGCUUUCAGAUCCGUGCUUCUUGUUUUGCCUCUGUGAGAGACUUAGUGCUCUCACAGGAUUCAAAAGCGAUUCAGCUCACGAGAAGGCGGAGUCUCGUUGAUCUCUGUUGUCGUCACCGUAGCACUGAGCGCGUUUCAUCCGUAGGGUCCGGCAUAGGCGUACCCGCAAUCCCUUUCUUCUUUCUUUUUUGUUUGUUUUUGUUGGUUACUACGAAUUCUCCUUGUCUUUUCUUGUUUUUCACUCUUCUUGGCUGUUGGCGGGUUAGUGGCACAUGUGACGUUGUCGCGCUGGCGUUGCACCAUCGUGGUCCCUGUGCGGCUUUGCAUAUAUUUUCCUUCUCUCCUGUCUUGUUUUUUGUCUUGUCCUCCCUUCAGACUCCCUUCAAACGGCUUCACUGUCUUUUUUGUUUUGGUGAGUGUUGUUCUCAGAGCACAGAGAACCCGCUCUUGUCUAUCCUUUCGGUGGGUGCUGUUGUGCCUCUCUCCCCGUGACCCGGACUCACCCAUCGCUGUGGAGUUGUAUUGUUGUUGUUACUGCUCACUUCCUCCAUACCGUUCUCCCUGCCCCCACCCCACUCCCCGCUCCUCCCGCUCCCAUCACCUAGUGACGGAUAGUCCUCACGGGGUAUUCUUCGUAGUAUUAUUAUUGUUAUUAUUUGGAGAAUUCACUCGCUUUACCUGCUGCCUGUACAGUGGUAAAACUGAAUACGCUCCGCUUUUGCGUCUUUUCAUUCCAAGCUUCAACACACAACAACAACCGGGGAAGCGAAUCGCACGGCAAUCGCAGCCACGGUGACCGGCUCUUUUUUUUAAGACUCGAGCCCACACAGGCGUAGACAAUGGAGCGGCGUGGUAGCAACAUCGAAACCAGUGCGGUACGGCACAGCCGGCGCCGCUCUGCCGUGACGAUCAUCGCGCCAGGCGAGGAAGCGAACCCGUUUCAGCAGGACGCCGUCAACGUCUCUUUCCAGAAGCAGUCCCUCCCCGCGUACUCGCGCUUUGACAACUUUAAAGCCAACCCACGCGAGGAGGAGGACGGUGUGAACGAGGUGCCCGCAUCCGCCCCUCGUGGACCUCCACCAUCAUCAUCAGCGGCGCCUUCGGCCUCUGUGAUGCCAGGCCGUGUAAACGGCUUACCGAAUGAUAACACGGUGACUCGCAACGGCGCUUCCGCACGCAGAGCCCUCAGCGCGCCGUUAGAGCCGUCUCGAUUCGACGGGCCGCCGGCAGCUGACUGGGGCGCCGUCCCGGUCUCCGCAUCAAAGUGCAUGAGUGGCCUCCACGUCUUUCCGCAGACGCCCCCCACCGUCGCCGUCGCGCCGGCGCAGCUCACACUGACGGUCCGAAAUGGCAACGUCCUCGUCGCCGCUGCCGCACCGCCGGCCCUUCAAUUCCCGUCUUUACCGAACGGGCGUAGCAACCGGGGUGGUUCUGGUUCGGACACCCCGGGGGCACACGCAGGGCGUGGAGCCAACAGCACGCCCGUCGCCGUCGCCGUCCUCGCAGGAGUCCCCCCUCGUCGAGGCGGGCCCGUGCCCCAAGCUGCGUCGAGCAGCACGGUGAAUGGUAUCAGCCCGGCGGGGAGGCUGUCCGUCACGAGUAGACGAGGUCAGACGCCUCCACUGGCAUUCCAGCAAAGUGCGCUUUCACACGCCGCUUCUGCGGUCGGCCCAUCUGUUGGAUUGAACGCCAGCAGCAUGGGUGCUGUCUCGAGAAAUACGAGCAGCAGUGGUACAAGUAGGAGUAUGGGAAUAAGCUCUUAUGCCUCGGCCCCGCCGCUGCAGCCACCACCAUCCUCCGCCGCGGCAAAAUGGACGUCGGCGGCCCGCCGUCAGCAACUGAACGCCAAUGCGGGCUCGUACAAUAGCGGUCGUCGUGCCACGGUGCCGCAAGGGGGUACACCGCAGCGGCGCGGGGAGCAGCAGCAGGUGCCGCAUCCCCCGUCACGCGGCAGCGCCACUUCCUCCGCCUCCGUCUCCGCGUACGAGGAGGACGGCAGGAAGGCAUCCGUGUUGGAGUUAUCAAGUUUGCUGUCCAGUACGGCUGCCUCCGACACAAGCAGCACGGCGGCCAGCGAUGACGGCAGAGACUCAUUUGCUCGCUACUCCGACUCCGGCCGUGAUCCGUCGAUUGUGAUUGAGGAGGGCGGUGCGGCGGUGGGGCCCUCAGCGGCGGCGGCAGGCACGCAGUCCCCAACGCCGGACUACUGCGAUUUCUUGAAGCCCGCCCUGCGAAGGAAGCUGGCCGAAAUGGCAGAGACCCCCGCGUCGCCUCCGAAAAGGCAGAAACAGCAUCCGAUGGACACGAGCACCCGUGACGGUAGCACCAACCCCAGCGCAGGUGAGGGGGAACGCGCAACAGCCGCAGCAGCGAAGAAGACGGAUGCGUCGUCUACGCAGAACGGAAAGGGGAGUCGAAAGGGCGAGAGUAACCCGCUGGGUGGCCUCUCCCUGAGCCAGCGAGAGCCGCUGACGCUGUCAGACAUUUCCAAUUCCUUCCAGUCUCCUUUGUUUUUUACGCCUCUCGAAGAGCUCCGCGAAGCAGUGCAAUUCGAUGCAAAACCCACGCAGUCGAAUGACCACUCACCAGUCACCUCGACACCCGCAGCGGACGUGUCAGCGACGGAGCGGAGUGGAAGCUCACUGGCUGAUUACAGUCUCACAGACACGGCCACUGAUGCAACUGGAUCUGGUGUAAACCCGGACUCCUUGAGGGGUCCCGUGAAUGCGCGGCAGCGAAGGAACCGCCCCGUCGUGCGGCUCCCGUCCCCGGUCGAAUUGAACAGCGUGCAGCAGCGUGGGAAAGGCAACGGCCCGACUACAUCCUCGCCACCGUUGCUCGCCACCAAGCACCGCGCCAACCUGGCACACCGGCAUGGCACCAACAGUAGAGAGCAGAGCGUUCGGGCAGGCGCCACGACCGCGGCGGGCAAAAGCAUCAGCGUGGAUAGCUGGGAUUUUGACUAUCUGGUCAGGAAUGGACUCGUUCGUGUCACAGAGAAGAACGAGAUCCUUGAUGAGUCUCCGUCGGCACCACACGUCAACGUUCCUGGAACGUCCGCCGCGGCCGCCCCUUCGCCCACGUCAACCGGCACUACAAACAACCACCGCAGCAGCAGCAGCAGCAGGGCGGAGCAGAAGUGGCUCGUCACGCAGUCCCUCAGCAUUAACCCGGCAGAGUUCUCGUUCGAUCACCUCUCUUUGAAUCAGCAAUGCAGCACGGUGGCGAAGCUGCGUAGGGUGUUUGAGUCGCAGCGGAAACCCAUCGCGAGAGGCGACGGCGGCGCUGCGAACCCGUCCAGUACGGUCAGGACACCACCCGAACAAACAGAAUCGCCGAGAGGGAAGGAAAGCGGCUCCCUCGCGCGGAAGCAAAGCAACUCGCUCGCCCUUUCGACAGGCAGCACCGUGGCAGCCCCGUGCAGUGAGGAAUCCAGCAAAGCAUCGUCGGUGGCGGACGGCGGCACGGAUUCGGGUCGCAGUGCGGUGGUACGCACCUCCGUCUCCGCGCCCUCCACGGAGUUCAGCUUCAACCGUCUCACCCCUCCGCGUUCGGCGGAUACGAAAGCAAUGACUCUGCCGCCGAUUUCAAGCACUUCUCACCCAAACCCGGCACCUAUGAGAGCUACCAGUUUUCCCUCCAAUGCAUCUGGAGAUGAUUUUCACCUGAGCAGGGGCACAAGCAGCACGGACGGUGCAUCGCCGAUCUAUUCAAACUUCACCCCUUCACGAUCGAAGGGCACGAACGCCACGCUGCUCUCUUUGUCGAUGCCUGCCGGCGACGCAGCCUUCUCGCUGUCCCGCUUUCACAACCUCAACUCCUCCUUCGACACCGUCAACAUGUCCGACCACCGCGAUGUUUGA